UACUUGAUAAAUUACCAUUGAAUCAGAAUGGAAAAAUAGAUCGAAAAUCCUUACCAACACCUGAGUUUUCAUCGUCAACUGAUAAUAUUGAUGAUAAUGUGCCGCGCACCACUGUAGAACAACAGUUACAAAAUAUAUUUAGCCAAGCUUUCCAUAUUGAAUCCCCUCAUGUUGAAAUUUCUUUUGGUCAACUUGGUGGUACGUCAUUGAGUGCUAUUCUUGCACUCACAUUGAUUCGUCAACAGGUAUGCAAUAAGGUUGACAUUGGUCUUUUAUUUACUAAUCCCUCUAUUCGACAACUGGCUCAAGCUAUAGAACCUUUAUCAGUUCUCGAAGAGCUACAAGCGACACCUUCCACAGCCAAUGAAAUUCAUGAAACAGAUGUUCGUCUAACACCUUCACUUGUCGUCGAAUCUUUAGGUAUUGCGCUUCUUGUCUGUCAGUGGUUGUUGCCAAUCAUCAUAAUUCAUCAAUGGUGUCCACUUCUUUUUCCUCUCUUACCAAUAUGUCAUCUUUUAUUCUAUGCCAUUUGUUCACGUCUACUUUCACCACAAAACAUCAAAGAUGACAAUAUUUUCUCUUGGAACUAUUAUCGUUGGUGGUUUUUAGAUCGAUUAUGGAAUAAUAAUGGAUUUUGGCUACAACAUAUACUUGGUACACCUUUGUACAAUUACUAUCUUCGUCUUUGUGGUGCUCGAAUUAGUCUUAAUGCACAUAUUUAUACCAUAACUAUGGAUGCUCCAUGGUUGUUAGAUAUUGGCGAUGAAACUUGGAUUGCUGAUAAAACGACUCUAAACUGCUUAUAUUAUACUGAUAAUGAUACUUUUGCAUUACAUUCAAUUCGAGUUGGCUGUUAUUGUUCAAUCAGUGCCCGAUCUAUUCUGUUUGAUGGUGUUGAUAUGCAAGAUAAUAUUAUUGUUCAGCCUAUGUCAUCAGUCACGGGUUUCAUUGCAUCUCGAACGAUUAUCGAUGGUGACGAACAUAAGUCGGUUUCAUCAGACAUUUUAAUCACACAUAGUAACCGAUCAUUAUCGAAAUGGCAUAAGAUCUAUCAAUUUAUUAUACUCAUCUUACUCAUCUGUAUUCAUUGUACACUCUUAGCCAUUGUCUAUAAAGUUUAUUCAGUUGAACAAAUACCACUGCCUAUUAGUAUUGCUUUUUGCUGGACUUUAUGGUCAAUUAUUGCUUGUUUUGUCACUCUUUUUCUCUUGAAAUUCAUAGUUGGUUCUUGUGCUGCUGGUGAGACAUAUCCAAUUGCAUCAUGGUCAUAUUUACAUAAUGUGUGGCUUCGUCAAUUAAUUGUAUCUAGUUUUCAUUAUGCCUGGUUCCUACCAAGUGAACAUGAUUAUCUGUAUCCUUUUAUUCUCCGUUGGCUAGGUGCUCAAGUCGAAGAUGAUGUCAAACUCAGUAGUAUAGACAUCUUCUUGUCCUAUCCAACAAAUUUAUUAAAACUCGAAAGAGGAGUCACUAGUUUUGCUUACGUUUUAUUAGUUCCUACUGAGAUGACACUUGAGGGUGACCAUCGUGUAGAUUGGAUAACACUCGGCUCUCAUACAAAUCUUGCUAAUAUAUGUUCAAUUUUGCCGGGUAGUCAUCUUGCAUCUAAUACUAUGGUUGGCAAUUUAACACGUAUCACUCGAGAAACAAAUAGCAACAAUGGAGAUGUUUUCAUUGGUGUUCCAGCUCGUGCUAUGCCAUUUCAAAUGCCUAUUAGACAAACAAUGAAAGAUCAAAUUCAAACUACUUCAUUUUGGAAAACUUGUUUUUCUCAUUAUAUUAGCAAAUGUCUUCUCAUAGGCAUCUAUUGGUCAUGUGGGCUUGUUGGUGGACUAAUCCUUCAUACAAUGAUUGUUUGCAGUUUAAAUCGGUGGCAUUCAUAUGCAGACAAUAAAAUAAUCAAACAGAUAAUAAGAAAACUAGAAGAAGAUCACGAAAUUUUUAUCUGUCCAUUUCUUGGCAAUACACAAUGGCUAAUUCGGUUAUUUCGAAUAUAUGGUGCAAAUAUCGGCAACAAUGUAAUCUUACCUGAUGUUUCUUCUAUUUUUGAUUACAAUUUGGUAACCAUUGGAGACCAUGUUCGGCUUAAUAUCAAUGCUAUUAUUGUGUGUCACACUUUCGAACAGCGUAUUUUGAAACUAGUUCCUGUUACAGUAGGCAACUCGUGUAUACUUAUGAGUGGCUCAAUUGUAAUGUCGGGUUGUAAAUUAAUGGGUAACAAUCGACUUUAUCCUUUUACACUCGUAAUGAAAAAUGACCUAUUGCAACAAAACACACAAUGGAAAGGACUUCCUGCACAAUCAUAUGUAGCGAAAUCAAUAUUAUCUCAACCUGUAGCCAUUUGUGAUGAUGUCGUCAAAUGUCAACAGGAAUCUGAGAACUUUGAUCGAUUGUCUUUGUGGUAUGAACAAAUUUCAAAUGUCUAUAAGAAUAUCAAUGAACUACAAUGUAUGAACUGGGGUUAUGCAGAUUUGAAUGAGCAUACUGAUGACAACAUUGGUUACUAUUCGAAGAAACUUUAUCAACAAGUUCUUGCUAAUGUAACACUUACAGAUCAAAACAUACUCGAAGUAGGUUGUGGCAGAGGUGCUGGUGCUGCCUGGUGUGUUCGUACAUAUGCUCCUCGCUCUUAUGUUGGAAUUGAUUCUUCUCGAGAUGUCAUUAACCUGUGUGAACAAUGUUAUUCAACAAUUCCUCAACUCUCAUUUAUGGUAGCUGAUCCAAAAACUCAUUUACCAUUUCAAAAUGAGUCAAUGGAUGUUGUUAUUUCGAUUGAAACAACAAACAUUUUAGAUGAAAUAGUAGCAGUGAAGAAAUUCGUCAAUGAAAUUACUCGUGUGCUUACUUCUAAUGGAUACUUUAUCUGGUGUGGUUUGUGUAAUGUAGAUGGAUUAAGUGUAUUGAUCGAUUAUUUAACAGCUAAUAAUGCAUUUAUUAUUCAAGAGAAAGUCAAUAUUACAAGAAAUGUUCUUCAUGCACUUGGUAUUCAAAGUAACUUACGUGCUGACUUUAUUGGCCGCUAUAUUCAACCUGCUGAUCAAGAAUAUUGUCGUUUAUUGGCUGGAUUACCUGACACUCAACUUUAUGAUAAUAUGCAACAAGGACGAGCAGAAUAUUGGCGAGUUGUAUUUCGAAAGAAGACAGUAACAGAUAAGCCUGUCAUCUGA